ACAACAGAAAACAUAGGACGUAGUUGGAGACUCACUCCACAGUGCAGAAUCCUAUGAUAGUUCAUGACAGAGAAAGUGUUUGAAUCACAGAGAAUUCUGUGUGAGGUGUCAGCUGAAGGACAAGAAGACGGUGUGAGUGUGUGAGGACGUCAGGGAGCCAUGUGGUGUGGGAAGCGGCGUUGCUCGUCCUCGGAGGUGCUGCUGAGUGUCCUGUGUCUGACCCUGCUGGCGGUGUGUGUCAGCCUCAUUAUCAUCAGCUGGCUCGCCUUGCAGACUGACCUGGACCAGGGUGGACUAGGUGAGACUGAGUCUGUGUUCAGUGGGAGGCUGGUCAUUACGAGGGGUGCUGUGUUUACUAAGGAGCUGAGAAACAGGAACAGUCUGCAGUUCAAGUCCCUGGCCUUCGACACAGAGCAUCUGAUAUCUGACGCUUACGGCCGUGGCUCCCUCAAUAAUGACUUCAAGGCCUGUGAAGUUUUCGAUUUCAGCAAUGGCAGUGUGGUGGUGAACUUUGACCUGCAGUUCCGUCAGAGUGUGGAGGUGAAGGAGGCAGAGCAGCAGUUGGUGGCUGGGCUUCAGAGCACUGGGGGCCUGGUGGUUGACAAAAAUAGCAUCCAGGUCACAGUGAAAGAGGAUCUAACUACAUCCCAGCCAACCUCUUCAACCAAACCGACCACUACACCUCAUCUUUCCACUACAUCCCAGCCAACCUCUUCAACCAAACCGACCACUACACCUCAUCUUUCCACUACAUCCCAGCCAACCUCUUCAACCAAACCGACCACUACACCUCAUCUUUCCACUACAUCCCAGCCAACCUCUUCAACCAAACCGACCACUACACCUCAUCUUUCCACUACAUCCCAGCCAACCUCUUCAACCAAACCGACCACUACACCUCAUCUUUCCACUACAUCUUCUUCAGGGAAGUGUCCACCUUAUCAUAUGUUCUGUGGGGAUGGCACUACAUGUGUGGCCACCAUGCAGUUUUGUGAUGGAGUAGACAAUUGUCCUGAUGGCUCAGAUGAAAACCAUACUCUCUGUGCAACAAAGUGCGAUGGCCAAUUCCUUCUUCUUGGUCCUACGGGUUCCUUCCAUUCUGAAAACUUCCCUCUCCCUUACAACAAUGGCACGAUUUGCCGCUGGGUUAUACGAAUUCAGAAAGGACUGGCAAUAAAGAUGAAUUUCCACUCAUUCAACACAGAAGAAGAUAUUGAUACUCUCAGUCUGUAUGAGGGCACAGGACAGGGGAAAUAUCUGACAUACCAGCUGUCAGGCCCCUCCCCAGGCACUGUGUGGCUGCUGUCUGACAAGGCCACUGUUGAGUUCUCCUCUGACGAUUACAACAAUCUCCAAGGAUUCAAUGCCACCUACUCAGCAGAAGACAUCAGCAACCUCUCUAAUGAGGAGAGGCUGAGCUGCUCCUUUGAGGAGGGCCUGUGUUUCUGGAGGCAGGAGCCCGAGGACGAAGGGGACUGGAUACGCACCCAUAUCCCUACAUUCCCCCCCUUCACAGGCCCAAACUUUGACCAUACAUUUGGGAACCAAUCAGGCUACUACAUUGUCACACCGGGAAGCCCUGGCCAGUGGGAGAAGAACUUCAAGAUCCGCAGCCUCCGAUUAACUCAUUCAAAUGAACCAAUGUGUCUUAAGUUCUGGUACCAUAUGUAUGGAGAGGAUGUGCGUCGGCUGAGGGUGUUGGUAGAGAGACGGUCAACGUCUGUGGUCAGAGAGGCUUCAGUCAUUAUGGUCUUCCAGAAGGAGGGUAACUAUGGAGAUAACUGGAACUUCGGCCAGGUCACCCUGAACAGCACAGCUGAUACAACGGUGGUUUUUGAGGCUCAGAAGAAGGGGGGUAUGAAGAAUGACAUUGCCCUGGAUGACAUUAGUCUGACAAUGGGUCCCUGUGGGGCGGACCCACCAGAGCCAACAGUGGUUCCCACCCCUCCAACACCACCUCCUAUACCUCCUGACUGUGGAGGACCUUUUGACCUUUGGGAACCCAACUCUACAUUCAGCUCCCCCAACUACCCACACUCCUAUGGAAACAAGGCUUCUUGUUUGUGGACUCUUCAUGCCAGGGAGGGAUGGAACAUCCAGCUUCACUUCCUGGAUUUUGACGUUGAGUCGACCUAUGACAUCGUGGAGGUGCGGGAUGGGGCAGGGCCACAGUCUGAACUGCUUGGUGUCUUCACUGGCACUGAUGCUACCUUUCCAGAUGUGAUCUCCACAGCCAAUCAGAUCACAGUGAUGUUCUUUACAGACAGUACAGGGUAUGACAGAGGGUUCCGUGCCAACUUCACAUCUGGCUUAGCACUGGGCAUGCCAAAGCCCUGUGCCACUGGGCAGUACCGGUGUCAGUCUGGAGAAUGUAUCUCCAAUGUCAGUGUGUGUAACGGCCAACCAGACUGCGCUGACUCCUCAGACGAAGCUGACUGUGUGCAUCUGGUAUCAGUGAACAGUACGAGUGUCAGACGUCUGCAGCUCCAGGUCCAGACCACCUGGUACACAACCUGUGGUCGGCACUGGAACGCUCAGCUCUCCCACUUCAUGUGUCGUUACCUGGGCUACAGAUCAGGAAGUGCCCUCCUCAUACCUUCCACAGAGAAAGACUCUCCCUUCACCACCGUGAGUGUGGCAGCCAACGGCACACUGGACCUGACCCCCAGUGAAAAAUGUACGGAUGAAAAGGUUAUAUCUUUGCAAUGUGACAACCAACCGUGUGGCGUUCGUAUGGUCUCCCAGAAGAUGGAUCAUAGUGGGUCCACUGAACGACAGAUGGAGGAGGAAGGAGAGGAGGAGUCAGAGGAGAGUGGAACUGUCAGAGUGGUGGGAGGGACAGACUCUCGUAAGGGGGCGUGGCCAUGGAUGGUGUCGCUGUACUGGAGGGGCCGUCAUGUGUGUGGAGCUACUCUGAUUGACAACGAGUGGUUGGUCACCGCUGCACACUGCGUUUAUGGGAAAAAUAUUCACCUUUCCAACUGGGAGGCAGUUUUGGGCCUUCACUCCCAGGACAGUGUAGAUAUCCUCCCAUCCCAGACCCGAAAGGUUGACCACAUCAUCAUGAACAAACACUACAACAGAAGGACCAAGGAUGCUGACAUCGCAAUGAUACACCUUCAAACAAACGUCAACUUCACAGAUUACAUUCAACCCAUCUGUCUGCCACGAAGUGACCAGCAGUUUGAGGCUGGGAGGAACUGUUUCAUUGCAGGCUGGGGAGCAGAAGCAGAGCAAGGCACAGUAGCUAAUGUGCUACAACAGGCAGUGCUGCCCCUGGUGAGCCGGUCUGAUUGUCAGAAACUGUUGCCUGAGUACAACAUUACAGCCAGGAUGGUGUGUGCCGGCUACUCUGAGGGGGGAGUGGACUCCUGCCAGGGGGACUCUGGAGGUCCUCUCAUGUGUGAGGAGGAUGGCCACUGGGUGCAGGUGGGCGUGAUUUCUUUUGGUGUGGGGUGUGGCCGCCCCCAGCGCCCUGGUGUGUACGCCCUGGUCUCCCAGUUCACUGACUGGAUCGUCCAGACCAGACGGCUCUCCUGACACUGGGGACACUGGGAUUACAGGCUCCAGGAAAACAGAACAUUCAGUGCUGAAUUAGGAUCAUAUGCUGUCUUGAUUACUAAAUCAAUCAAUGCUUUUGAAUAAGUGCAAUGGUGUAACGCAGCUUUACAGGGAUAUUCAAAAUAUGUUAAAAAAACAACAACAAUAAAAUGCAUUUCUAUGCUCUUUUAGACUU